AAAGAAGAGAGUGCUUGAAACAUUUGACAUUUGUAGAAAGGGGAGAACGAUGAGAAAGGCCCCUUUUCCCAAUGGACCCCAUUUUGCUCAAGCUGGGCUUCAAGAGGGGUUUUUAUUUUCCUUUCACUGCAUGUUUCCCUCCAGUUUGGCUCAUUCGCAUUAAUCAUGUUUUGUGUGUGUGUGUGUGUAGUUUUUUUUGUUUGUUUGUUUUUUUUUUGUUUAAGGUAGCUAGUUUCAUUUGUCUCCAGCAAAGAAUCAUCAGUAGUUUAUAUUGCUUCACUUGUGCUGGCUUCCAGAGAUGGAAACAAACCAAGGUGUCUCUCAGCAGUCUUUUUUUUUUUUUAUUGGGGUUGGGGAAUCUAUGCAAGAACUACAGUAAAACCACCCAAAAUCAAAGCAGCAGCCACAGUUCAAAUCACAGAUGAAGGAACAAAACUUUCUUAUCAUUGCUUGUGAAUAUCUGUCCUUCUGUCUGUCAUCGCAUCUUCCCCUCCUUGUAUCCAAGCUCCUUUUUCUUAUGACAUGUUCCAGUCACUUCCUUUCUAUGAAAGGUUGCUUAGCUUUUAAAAAUUUUUUUACAUCUUGCUUUUGCUGUUCUUUUAUAUAAAAGGUAGCAUAUUGGAUGGAUGUGUACAUUAGGUGUUUGAAAUUCUCUGAAAAUCCAGAGUAAAGAAACCAGGUGUGUGUAUUGGGGGGGGGGGGGGGGCGGUGGGGAGGCGGGAGUGGGGAGCUCACUGGUCUGAGGAGAGCUUUUAGCUGACCAGAAUGCUUAACAUGCAUCAUCAUUUUCACAGUGUUUUCAAAGGGGAGUUUGCACAUUGCUUGUUGUGAAAUCUCUAUCAGCUGGUGGGCGCUCCUCUAGGAGCCAAACAGGUUGGUUACCUUUUGGAUUUUGGGAUAGAAAUCAAAGUAGAGCACAUCAGUAAGAGCCUCUGUCCUCUUCCAUCUUUUUGAACCAAAAUACUCAGUGGUUGAUGAUCUGUCCUUGAGUCAGUUGCAAUAUGUCUGUAUUUUUAGAUGCCACUACUUUUUCCUCAAAUGCUUGUUUUGUGAAUUUCAUUUCAUAUUUCAUCUCAGACCAGUGGUUGAGAUUAGUAGGUGGCUCACUGACAUAUUUUCAUUUGCAGACAUUCCAUUCCAAAUCUGUGUGCUAUGCACUGCAGUAGUGUGCCAACUGUGAUACAAAGGGUUCUGGCAGCAGCUCCUCAUAAUUAUUUAUGCUUUUGGAAUUUUUUUCAGCUCCUGAAAUCUGUCCAUUUCAGUGUGAUUUUCUCAAUUUGUACAAUAUAAGCGUAUUACCUACCCUUUUUCAUCCCCCUCCAUCUGUUUUCUAAUGUUCUGUAGUUUUGUACAAGACGAGACUUAGCCUUGGGUACUUCUUGCUGAAGCUUUAAUGCUUUGUAAAUAAAAUUGGAUGUUUAUUAAAGAACAGGUGUAGAUGCGUGUUGUAGGCCCUCACCACUUCUGAAACUCACCUGCCCUUUUGCUUUUAUGAUGGAAAAGGAUCUUUCUUUGUGAAAAUACAGAGCUGGGAGGGGGAGAGAUGCUCAGGUAACCAGGUUUCUGCCUCUGGACAAGAUUAUAAAUAAACCAUUCAACAAAAGGUGUGAAAAAGAUCAUCUAGGAAUGAUCUCUUCAUAUUUUUAAAUUCAGUAUAAGUGUGUGUACCGACUCAGUAGAGGCCAGCUGCGAGGAGGUGUUCUGCAGGUUAUAGAAACGCAUGCGAGGAGCUUCCUUCCAAGGAGCGUAGCACGCGUGAGCACAGUUCGGGUCCCCUUUACUGGCCCCUUCCCCUACAUUAAAUAGCCUCAGAACCCACUGAAUAGAGUCAUCUCUUAAGCAAGAUGUUUCAUAAAGGCUAGUUAAGUGUUUGAUUUUAAUCAUCACGUCUGAGUGCUUGCCUGCUAAUCUUUUCUGUUAUGUGACAGAAUCCGCCUUUGACAUCAUAGCUGUUUCAUAGCAACGCUGGCCCAAGUGAAAGAUGAGCUGCUCUAGCCUCCAGAAUGAAGGGUACAGGCCUAGAGUCAUGCGUCCUCUCCUCCAGAAAACACCUUCGGUGCCCUUGGGAAGGAAAAGUGCCUGGGAGGUGGAGAGGAGCUGCCUUUAAUCUCGGUACCUUGCUGGGAACAGUUGAUUUGAAAAGAGCUCUUGGCCCUUGUCUUCAUGAAUUUUCAUUUCUAUGUAAAAUUCCUUACACAGGAACAGUGUCUCUCACUUUACAAAGUAUUUUCGUGUACACUUUUUCAUUUGAUGCUCAAAAUGACCUUCCUGAAAUAGACAUGAAGGUUUUAACUUCCAAAGGAGAAAUCAGACAGCGGUUCAGGAAGGAUAAGUCACUUGCCUUCUAGUCCAGAGUUCUUAAUCCUUUUUAUAGAAGGUUUAGGAGCACUGAGAGUCAGUAACUUAGUUCAAGUUAGUCCUCUCUUUUAAGACUUGAUUUCUUAUUUGGUCAGAUUUAACUGGGGUUUUGAAACCCUAUAAAUUAGAUCCACAAUUUGGCGGGGAGGGGAAAGAGUGAGGGAAACUCACUCUUUGAAGUCAUGUAGUUGAGGUGGUUUGGAAAUUCACUUCAGCCUCUGAGAUCUUUGUCUUCCCAAGAGGUGGAUUUAAAGUCAUUGAAAGAAUGGAAAGAAGGGAUUGGUAAGGGUGUCACUAACAAGCGGAGGUGGUAAAGCAGCAACAUGGUGACUCCUGCCUGUGGCCUCACCUGUUGUUAAGGACUGGACGUUGGCUUAUGAAGUGGCAAUGUUUUAUUGACAAUGCAUGCAUCCUGUCUUCCAACUUUGAAGGAUAUCUCAUGUCGAAGGAAUUGAGUUAAUGAUAUCAUAGAGGAUUCAACUGGAACACCUGGCGGAGCUGCCCGAGGGCGGUGACAUGUCUACUGAGACAUGAUGACGUUGGCCAUGAGUUUUAUCCUUGGAAGCCUGGUGUUGGCCUUCUGUCCGCCUUUUGUCAUGACUUUGCCUAAAACACUGGCCAUCCCUAAGAAGCUGCAAGAAGCUGUGGGGAAAGUCAUUGUCAACGCCACCACCUGUACGGUCACCUGUGGCCUUGGCUAUAAGGAGGAGACAGUCUGUGAGGUGGGCCCUGACGGAGUGAGAAGGAAGUGUAAGUCUCAGCGCUUGGAAUGCCUGACCAACUGGGUCUGUGGGAUGCUCCAUUUCACCGUUCUCGCAGGCAAGAAAUUUGAGCUGAGCUGUCUGAGUUCAGACAUCCUGGAGAUCGGGCAGGAAGCGUUCCAGUUCACCUGGAGGCUUGCUCGGGGUAUCAUCUCCACUGAUGAUGAAGUCUUCAAGCCCUUCCGAGCCAGUUCCCACUUUGUGAAGUUUAGAUCUAUUCACGAGGAGGACUCUGGGACCUACCGGUGUGAUGUGCAGCUGUUAAAAAACUUGAGACUUGUCAAGAGGCUCUAUUUUGGGGUGAGGGUCCUUCCUCCUCAGUUGGUGAAGCUGGAUUUUCAGCAGUCCCUCACCGAGGAUCAGAAGUUAGUAGAUGAGGGCCUGGAAGUGGAUCUGGGUAACUAUUCCAGGCCUCCCCGUCCACCAUGGAGAAAGAAGGUGGCUAUAGCCUUGGGAAUAGGAAUUGCUAGUGGAGUGAUUGCCAGUGUGUCAUUGGGCAUUGCCUUGUGCAGUGGGCAGAGGGUGGGCCAUAGCAGUGCCAACCUUUAGACCUAAUAGGCCUUGCUCCUGAAGGGCUGGCUGCCCAGGAAGUGGGACUUGACUGCUCAGGAAGCCAAGCUAGAUUUUCAGGGGCGCAUUCUGGCUGCCUAAUUGUGGACCAGCCAGAGGGAGGGCUUCCAGAGCCGUAAGAGUGAGUGGGCAUGUGGAGAAGGGACAGCAUCCUGGUAGCAAUGGGCAGUAUCUCAGCUGUGUCCCAGAUGGACCUCUUCUUGAACUUCCCUGCCCACUAGGUACCCAGGUAACCUUACUGCACGCAUCUCCCCUUCUGCUGGGAACAGUUCUGUCUUCCAAACUUGCAUUUAUUUUCUAUCCUUCACAUCUUGAAUGCCUCCCCACCACCUCCUCCCUUCUGAGCAGCAUAAUCACAUAGAAGGGUAUAUAUUAGUAAUAGCUUUUCUAGUGGAAACACUUUUUUCCUCAAUAAAAAUAAUGGACAGUAGCUGAAUGGAGAUACAUCUUUCCUACUCUUUAGUUAAAAAUCACUUGCGUUUGUUUCAAUUGUCCCAUAAUCAGUUGGGCUUUCGUUUUCCUCAAAUUUCUUAGAAUAGAUAUUGAACAAAUUGCUUUGUAGUGGGGCAUAGGCCCCUGUGUACCAGAGCCAAGGUUAGCAAUGACAUCUGACUCAGUAUAUCA